CAUCUUCGUGGAUAAAUGAUAACGAUUAAUACCACCACAAAUUAUUGCAUUUUGACACUUAGUUCAAGGGCUACUACUAUACUGUUUACACCACUAUAUAUUCUGACUAGACUGGCAUGGCUACCGCUGAUGAUGACUACAAUCCCUUCUCAGAGGAUGACCUCCAGAAAAUACUGCAUGAGGAGAAGGAGAGCAGUCGUGAAGAAGGUUGGAAGUUUCUGAGAAAGAAUGACCUUUGUGAAGUAUGGUGCAAGAAUGAGGAAGACAAACCAGUGCAUCUCAUCAAGGGCUUCCUCUCCUUUCCCGGUAUACCUCCAGACAAAAUUGUUGAGCUACUCUAUGACUUGGAGAGACGCAAAGAGUGGGACACAGCCUUCCCUAUCAUCGAUCUCGUGGAAACACACAAGCACUACAGGGUGGUCUACUGGCUGGCCAAGAUGCCGAUUGGUGUAACUGACAGGGACAUUGUUCAGCACAUCGGUAUGAGGAGAGAUGAGGCUGCUAACAUGACCUACUUUCUCUACAAGAAUGCCACUCAUGAGAAGUACCCCGCUGGAGAUACCGGGACCAUCAGAGGUGAAACUAUUCUCUCUGGUGUGAUUGUACGGCCCGACCCCAGUGACCCUGGCUCAACCAAGAUGUCCUUACUGCUACAGAAUGACAUGAAAGGGUGGAUCCCUCACAUGAUUGUCAAUGCCUUUGCCUCUAGGGCCCCUGAAACGUGGAGGGACAGUCUCGAGAAGUACUAUCAUGAGCAAUAUGCUGGAAAGAAGUAAUGAAUCGAACUGAUUCUAAGACAAAAUUCUGGUUCUAUUUUGUGGUUCUGCAUGCAUGUACAAUUAACCCCCUUCACUAAUUAAAAUUAUGAUCAAUAAAAUUAUUUUCUGCUUUGUUUA